CCCGCGGGCACAUGGCUGCUUACUACGCGCGGCAGCGAGAGGACCCUGAAUAUGUGGCCCAGAACCGCGAGCGCGCACGGCGCUGGAAAGAGCAGAACCGCGAGCGCGCGCGCGAAAGCAACCGGCUGCGCAUGCGCCGCCUGCGGCUGGAGCAGCGGCUGGCAGCGGGCGACGAGUGCACGGCCCCAGGGCCCGAGCUGCUGCCGCCGCGCCAGCGCAGCUCCAAGUACGUCAAGCUGGUGGCGCCGCCAGAGCCAGAGGAGGGGGCAUAAAGCGC